ACAGGACCAGGAGAGAUCCUCUGUGAGUCUGAGCUGAGAAAGAACUCCGGCUUUCUGAUACCUCCAGUUCCAUCAGGAGUUCACUCCGGCUGAUUUCGUGUCCCACCCUGCUCCCUGUGGACUUCUCCCCUACAUGGCCCCCCUGGCUCAGACCCUGGCACUGCUGGCAAUGGCCAUGGCCACCACGGCCGAGGAUGUGGUGACCCUGGACAUGGCCCCAGACUCCUUUGAUGACCAGUACCGGGACUGCGGCCCUGCCAUGACUGCAGCUUUGCCAUCCCUCAACCACUCCGAGUUCCAGCAGAACAAGAAGUUUGCCGAGGUUUGGGUAAAGGCUGUGGCCAAGUGGCAGAGGCGGGGGCCCCCUGACUCCCCUCUGUCCCCAGACCAGGCCACCGCCAUCAUGGCCUUCUCAAUGGAUGGCCUCCACAGCAGGUUCAAUGAUGCCAUGCGUGCGGCUGGGCGCUCCCGCCAGGAAUACCGGGACAACUUCCACUUCAAAACACUGCAUUUCCUGCUGACUGAUGCCCUUGCCACGCUGAGGGACACGCAGAAAGGGCAGUGUCUCGACGUGUUCCAGAGGGUGUGUAGGAUCCAGUUCAACACACAGCAGGGUGACACCGUCCGGCUCGGUGAAUUCGUGCCAGCGUUCCUGAGCAAACCCACUGGCGAGUGUUCCAAUGACACGGUGGUCAAGCUGCGUACGUGCCAUGGUGUGGAAAUCCAGUUUUUCAUUGAAUAUCUGGAAGAGAAGGUGGUGCUGAUCCCACCCUUUGAGACCUUCAGGGUCACUGAAGUCACCCGGGAAGGGGACAAGACACAGAUCAAGCUCCAGUCCACUGGGACCUUCAGCAAAUACAACUGCGAGUGGCUGCGAGGUGGGAGUGCCCCCAGGGCCACCUUCCACUUUGGAGGACUCCUCCUGGCCACCACAGCCCUGGCAGUGGCCACCGGGAUCCUCUGAGCCACGAGACCACCAUGGCCUCCAAGGUAACUGUGGUCACUGCGGCAACCAUGGCCACCAUGGCACCAAGGUCACUGUCAUCACUGUGGCCACCCUGAUCAUGAAGACCCCCAGGACGCCCAGAGAAACGAGGCCACCAAGGUUGCCAAGGCCACCACAGCCACUCUGGCCAACAUGGUCACAAUAACCACCAAGUCCACUGUGGCCACCAUGAUCACCUAGAAUCCCUCAGCCACAAGGCUACCACAGCCACCGUGGCUACCAAUACCAUUUAGCAAAGCAACUGCAAUAAAUAAUUCUAUCAAAACACUUCAGUUAAAUAAAUCUAACAA